ACAUAGACAAACGAAUAGAAGCGCGAAAUGUGACAGCAGAAAAAUCAAGCGCGAUUAAUAACGGCAUCGUAGUCGUAGGAAUCUUCUUCUUCUUCUUCUCUUCGCUAAUUCUCACAACUACUCUCCAACACUCUCUGCAAAAGAUGCGCUCCAAGGACAGAAUCUCCUACUUCUACGACGGUGAUGUGGGUAGUGUUUACUUUGGGCCAAACCAUCCAAUGAAGCCUCAUCGACUUUGUAUGACUCACCAUCUUGUUCUGUCGUAUGAGCUUCAUAAGAAGAUGGAGAUUUAUCGCCCACACAAGGCUUAUCCUGUUGAGCUUGCCCAGUUUCAUUCGGCUGAAUAUGUUGAGUUUCUUCAUAGGAUUACACCUGACACUCAGCACUUGUUUUCAAAUGACCUGGCAAAAUAUAAUCUUGGAGAAGACUGCCCUGUAUUUGACAACUUAUUUGAAUUUUGUCAGAUUUAUGCUGGUGGAACUAUAGAUGCUGCACGUCGGUUAAACAAUCAACUCUGCGAUAUUGCUAUAAACUGGGCUGGUGGACUACAUCAUGCCAAGAAAUGUGAAGCAUCUGGAUUUUGUUACAUCAAUGACUUGGUCUUAGGGAUCUUAGAGCUUCUUAAAUAUCAUGCCCGUGUUUUGUAUAUUGACAUAGAUGUGCACCAUGGUGAUGGUGUAGAAGAAGCCUUCUACUUCACUGACAGGGUGAUGACUGUCAGUUUUCACAAGUAUGGAGAUAUGUUCUUUCCGGGUACUGGUGAUGCUAAGGAAAUAGGAGAGAGAGAAGGGAAGUUUUAUGCCAUAAAUGUUCCACUCAAGGAUGGAAUAGAUGACCCUAGCUUCACUCGACUUUUCAAGACUAUUAUUUCCAAAGUAGUUGAAACAUAUCAACCUGGUGUGAUAGUUCUCCAGUGCGGAGCAGAUUCACUUGCAGGAGAUCGCUUGGGCUGCUUCAAUCUCUCUAUUGAUGGUCAUGCUGAGUGUGUUAGGUUUGUAAAGAGAUUCAAUUUGCCCUUGCUGGUCACUGGAGGUGGGGGAUACACAAAAGAAAAUGUUGCUCGGUGUUGGACAGUUGAAACAGGAGUUCUUCUGGAUACAGAGCUUCCAAAUGAGAUCCCAGAGAAUGAUUAUAUUAAAUAUUUUGCACCAGACUUUUCAUUGAAGAUUCCAAAUGGACAUAUUGAGAAUUUAAAUAGUAAAUCAUAUCUUGGCACCAUCAAAAUGCAAGUCUUGGAAAAUCUUCGUUGCAUUCAACAUGCUCCAAGUGUACAAAUGCAGGAGGUACCACCUGAUUUUUACAUUCCUGAUUUUGAUGAAGACGAGCAGAACCCGGAUGAACGCAUUGAUCAGCACACUCAAGACAAGCAGAUCCAGCGCGAUGAUGAAUAUUAUGAAGGCGACAAUGACAAUGAUCAUCAAAUGGAUGCUACGUGAAGUUGGCCUGAGCUGUGUGUUAAUUCAGUUGGCAAUGGCAUUUUCAAAGAGAAAGAAAAUGUAAUUAGAUUAGAUAGACAAGACCUUGAUGUAUCAAGAAGGCGGUGGGGCUAGCCUAAGCGACUCGUAUAUUCGUUAGAUUUUCAUUAUUUUUAUUUUUUUUGUAUAUUUGCUGAACACUACAUUAAUUCCGGUGCCAUUUUCGAAUUACCGAAUGUCAUUUUUGUGUGUGGAAUGAACGUGUAUAUACAUGAUUAUUCCAGACCUGAAAAUAUGAAAGAAUUGCAUAAUAUCUGUAUUUUAAUGAGAAAUUAUUCAGUUAUCUUGGGUGGUUGUGGUGUCGAUAAUUCUUGUUUGGGCAUGGCACAGUUCAGUUAGUUAUAAAAUAUGAAUUGUUAGUGUGCAAGUUUGAUUU